CCUGGCUCUCUCUUCACUAUUUAGCUUCGGCAUUAUCAGAAACUGGGUAAUUGUCAAAAAAGACACGGAUAUAUGGUUGUAUGUCGACUAGCACAUGUAUCGGUGUAGAAUUUACUUGAUAAAGCCACGUGGUUAAAACGCACGGAGUGCACGAGGAAAUCGUGAGCAGAUCAAGGUUAUUAAAGCAGUUCUAUUGUUAAAUGAGCAGUAGAAAUUAUGUGAAAUACUAAAGGAGUUUGAAUAUGGGCGACUCGGAUUCUGAAUCAGAUGCCGAGUAUGCGGGGAUCGAGCAGCCGCCCAUCAUCGACCAGCUCCGGCGUAUCCUGGACGAAUACAGGAAUGAUGUGCAGAUCAUUAAGGAGCUGGUACAGAAUGCAGAUGAUGCUGGGGCGACAGAGCUAAGGGUUCUCUAUCAAGGGGACACCUUCAACCAUGAGCCCCCGACCCGCAAGGACCGAAAGGACCGCUACCAGAAAUUCUUCAAGGCACCGGCUCUGGUUUUCUACAACGAUGCUGAGUUUACUGAUGAUGAUUGGAGGGGAAUCCGACAGAUAUAUGCUAGCAUCAAGGCCGACGACCCGAUGAAAAUUGGAAAAUACGGCCUGGGAUUCAAAUCCGUCUUCCAUUUGACCGAUUAUCCCUGCAUAGUUAGCGGUCAGAAGAUACUUUUCAUCGAUCCCCAUGAGAGAAAUCCAGGAAAGGUUUGUGUGACUAUGAAAUUGAACAAACUACGAACAUGGCGACGACUUGACAUAAACAUUUGCCUUCGCGCUCUUGAAGGUCUAUUUGGGUUUGACAGUGAUACUCUAGACGGCGGGCGAUUCCCAGGAACGUUGUUUUGGUUCGGCCUAAGAACUGAACCAAACAGACUUUCUGAGAGCAUAUGCGAUGAAAAUCAGGUAGAACGAUUAAUGCAAGCAUUUAUUGAUGAAUCAAAGAGAAGUUUACUGUUUCUGAAGACGAUUUGUAGUGUAAAGAUGUUUGCUAAUGAAACCUCACAAAAUGGGGCUUCCGAUUCAUCUCGACUUAUAUAUCAAAUGUACAAAGGCAUUGGCACCCCAUUCUGUCAAGUCAACAUUGAAAAUGAAAAUGGGAACCUGCGACACCAAAGAAAAGAGAUGCUGGCUGAAGUGUCUGAGAUAGGAAGAUCGAUACCAGCUGAGUCUAAAAUGUGGACUGAAACUGUCACAGUACGAACGGAGAUUUUCUGCAAAUGCACUGUGUCCAAAUGGUUUAUGAUUAGCUUUAUGAAAGGAGGCGACGUGUCGGAACGAUUUAGGACAUUACUUGCCGAUGAAGACAUUUGCAAUCCGCAUUUGGUUGGACUCGCUUCUCCUAUUGUGGAAAAGGGAGAGUACAAUCGAAACAAAGGCCACGUAUUCGUAUAUCAACCUCUACCGCAAGAGUCCAGCGCGGUGACCGGACUUCCUGUGCAUGUGAAUGCAUUCUUCGUGCUGAGUCAGAAUCGCAGGCAUAUACGAUGGCCGGAUACCGAUAACGAAGUUGUGGACAAGAAAAUUGAAUGGAACUUGAAGUUGGUGUCUGAAAUUCUACCACACGCAUACGCAAAUUUAAUACAAGAGAACGUCAUAUACUGUCAAAACAACGGAUGCGGACCACACUUAGUUCAAGGCAUCUGUAAUUCAAUUCCCGAAACAAAUUUGGUCAAUGAGAGAUGGCUUAAUCUGUGUACUGAGACACUACGUUUGCUUUGGAAACAGCCGAUAUUAAGGACGCUAAACUUGAGUUGGAUAGAACCACAGAGUGCUGUGUAUCUGUGCAAGAACAAGGUCCCCAAUGUUCCACAAAGAGUUUGGGAGCAUGUUGUUUCAGUCUUCAUGGCCGACAACCCUGCGCUUACCGACGUUAGCGAUCAUGUUGCGGAUUCGUUUGAAGGAACUCACCCCGGGAAAUUGUCAUACUUAACCCCUGCUCUUUUGCGCAGCAUCCUGUUAGCUUACGAAACCUACAAAUCUCGAGACAAUGAAAUAAAAUUUAGCCUGCUCCAGUUCCUUUCAGUGGAUAAUGACUUUACUCGUAUCGAGUCUCUUGAACUCUUACCACUGGCCGAUUCAACAUUCGCGAAAUUCGAGAAAACAGCUUCUUCUGUUUACCUCGAGGAUCAAGAUACAACCAAACUGUUCAGUGACCAAAGCGAAAAGUUCCUCCAUGUACAAGCCUUUGAACAUCCCAGCACUUUGUUCCAAAACUUGGAAAAAACGGGCCUUUUUCAACUAAAGCACCUAGACACUACCGAAGUCGUCGAGUUAAUCACUGAAGCACUGAACCACUUUGACGUCCACUGCGGUGAAACUGUGCAGAAUUCAGAAGUAGAAUGUUGGAUAAAGGAUCUUUGGACGCAAAUCAUCUUGCCGAGAUGGGGAAGCAACUUGUUUGCAUUUGAAAACCUCCCAAUAUUCCUGGCAAGUCAGAGGGACGCAACGCUGCGUUUGGUAAGCUUAAAAGACUUAAUUAUGAUUGCCCCUGAGUUUGAAGACAAAAGAAAAGAAGAAUGUAUUGAACAAUCGUUUUGUUUAUUCGGCGUCACCAUGAUCUAUAAGUUACAAGAUUGGUGUAACGAUCCUCGUAUCAGAGGUUACAUUCUACCCAAAACAUCUGAAGGCAUUAUGUCUGCCAUGGAAAGUGUAAGUGUUGAGCGAACCACAAAGUUCAAUGAAGAUUCGACAGUCUGUCAAAAAGACUGUUUACGGGAAUUUCUUUCUGAAAUAUUCGAAAACAAAACCAUACCAAUUGACUGUCAGUCAAAGUUGAAACUUUUGAACAUUUUCACUGAGUCCGACCUAAAGAUCUCGGAGCACAUUUCAGCACAGUCUUCCAACGACGUAUAUUUCAUUGACAGUUUCCCUGUUGAAUUUCCUAUGCCUGUGUUAUUGGCAAACUCACAAGCUGAAUUAUCUCUUUUGAAAUCCUUGAGAAAAAAUGCAAAAACAACGAAAGAUAUGAUAGUGUUUGCACUGCAACACAAGGAAUACUACAGUACCGACGCUCUUCAGAAGCUUAUGUUUUGGUUGCUGAAUAAUCCACUUUUUAUAGAAGACGACACAAUCUUGAAGCUAUCUAAGCAAACGGCAUUCCUGACGACAGAUGAAAAUAUGACUUGUAAAGCAUGCGAACUAUUUGAUCCCAGCGAUGAGGUGCUCAAGAACAUUUUCCAUGCAGAAUCAGUGUUUCCUGUUAUCAAAGACUUGAACAGUUCUAUCUUAAGUAAUUUGUUUCGGAUCGGUUUAAAAAGAAGAAGUGACAUAACGAAAGAAAACAUACUAACGUCAAUUGAACAGGUAGAACGUGUGGCCAAAGAGAAGUUUGAAAUGGCAAGGUGCAAGUCAAAGAGUCUUAUGAAGUUCUUGAAUGAACAUAUUGAAUUAGUUCCAGUGGAAGAGAGCAAGUACAAACACUGGGUAGUUGUAGAUUAUAAUGAUGAAACAUAUCCGCAAAAUAUGCCGCUAAAAUCUCGCGGAUCCAACCAUUUGGUGUCUCCUGAUUCCAUUGUAUCAUCGGAAUGGGUAAAUUCCGUUGGAUCAGUCAGUUACGUUCAAAGCUGCAAGGAGCUGCGACAGCUUGCCAGAGUUUACAACUGGAACAACACUCCAAAAUGUACCGACGUUAUAGACCAUCUUUCAAAUAUAAUUCGCGAAUUUCAGCCUCGGUAUAAAACAGAUUGCUUGAAAAUGAUUACAGAUAUAUACAAGGAUCUGUUCGAGCGGUCAGUAAAAAGUGAUAAUAUUUUCGAUGAAAUUAAGCAGAAAUGGGACCAGACAUUUAACAAUGGCCUGAUGGCAUGUGUGUGGAAUGGAUCGGAAUUUUCCCCUAUUUCAAAUAUAUACAUUGAUUCGCAGGAGGGUGACGUAGACUUGCAUCAUUACAUGAAACUGUUACCAAGUGAAAUGAAUGAUGUUCGUGAAUUUUGCUCAAGACUUGGUUGUCAACUCAGGUUGGGACUCGAAACCUACUUAAAAGUGUUAUCAGAAAUCGAUACUGACAGUAAAAACGGUACACUUAGAGGACAAAGCGAGACUCUAAAGAUAGCAAUUGAUAUUCUGAAUAUCAUUAAUGAACACUAUUCGGAAGAGACUGAGCAAGACACUGUCCGAGAACGCUUGCUCUUUCCGAUCGAGACAUCGAACCAAAUCAUAUUACACCCCGUCGCAAAUUGUGCAUUGAAUGAUCUCGGAAGUCACUUCGACGAAAAUCCAUUCGACGACGACGAAGAUGUUCAUUUCAUACAUCCUAAAGUUCCAGAAUCAACGGCCAAAGGGCUUCGGGUCAAAUCGGCUAUGCAACAGUUGCUCUCCUCAAGUGAUGCAUUUGAAGAAUGGGGACAAGAAGAGCCAUUAACACGACGAAUACAUACGCUGUUACAAGAUGGUUACGUUGAAGGCCUGGCAAUAGCUAAAGAACUUCUGCAAAACGCUGACGAUGCGGGUGCAAGCAAGCUGUUCAUACUUUAUGACCAACGGACGAAUGGCGACCUUAAGAAUAAGCUAUUAAGUCCUGAACUAAAACAGUUUCAAGGUCCAGCGCUGUGGGCGUUCAAUGAUGCAGUUUUCAGCGAAGAAGAUUUUAAAAAUAUAACGAAAUUGGGUGGAGCUACAAAAGAAACAGAUGCGUCUAAAAUAGGAAAAUUUGGACUUGGGUUUUGUUCAGUGUAUAAUGUUACAGAUGUGCCAAGCUUUGUAUCAAGAGAUAGUUUCGUCAUGUUUGAUCCUCAUAUGACACACCUCGGCAAGGCAUUGCCCGGUAAAAACCCAGGAAUAAGAAUUAAUUUCAAAAACGAGAGAAACAAGCGAACUGUUCAGAGGGUGAAACAUCAAUUUCAGGUGUUUGAUAAUAUUUUUGGUUGCGACCUUACUGGUGUCAGUGAACCGUUCUUCAACGGAACGUUGUUUCGCUUACCUCUUAGAGUAAGAGGCAGUGAAAUCAGCGAUAAGGUUUACUCUGAAGACAGCAUGAAACAGCUGCUUGGGAAAGUGAUCGAAAUGGCACCAAACAUGUUCCUCUUCAACCAGAAUGUAAAGGAACUGAAGAUAUUUCAGCUAAAUAAUUUUGAAAGGCCAACAGAAAUGAAAUUGUUGUUCGAACUUCGAACAGAAAGGGUAUGCCUGAUUCCAACAUCACUUGGCGACAUUGGCAUUGUUGAGGAAACAAUUAGACGAAAGCAGAAAAACGAUCUCAAGUCUAACCCCCUGAAAGUAAUACAGAAAAUUUCUGUGUCUUAUAAGUCCCACAAAAACAUACCAAUGGGUACAGAGAACCACGUUACAGAUAAAAAAUGGAUCGUGUCGUGGGCAACUGGUGUUAAGGAAGCUACACUAGAAUUUGCAUGUAAAGAUGAUGGCGCGUUACCUCUUGGUGCUGUUGCAGUUGAAUGUGCAAAAUGUAUUGAUGCGGACAUUGAAUGCUUACCAAUAACCGUGUCCAAUGCAUCUGACAGCAAUCCUGAUGGAAAGUUUUUCUUCUUUUUGCCGCUUCCAAUUGCAAAUAAACUUUUCUUUCACAUUAACGGACAAUUCACGGUUACAUCAAACAGAAGACAACUUUGGACGGUAACCGAGGAUGACACAAACAAAUCGUCAGCUAAAUGGAACGAGUACCUCAUGUCAGAUAUCAUUGUUGAAGCACUUGUGCAUUUAUUUGAAAAUAGCCACUUCCAACCACCGAACGAAUCCCAGUUUUGGCCUGCUCCAACAGAACAUGAUGAACUUCAAAAACAGUUUGUAAGUUCUUUCUACAACAAAAUUUCACACGAAAACAACAGAGUGUUCUGGGUCAAGGGAAGUUCAUAUUCGUUUUCACAAGUUGUGCUUAUUGACCCGGAGCUGCUAAGCAUUAAAGAGGAUUCCGUAGGUAACAUAGCGUUUGAAAUGCUACAGACACUGCUUAAUGAGAAGAUACUGAUUUCAUUACCGGCAAAUGUGCAAAAGGUCUUUAUUACAACUGCUGGUGAGAUAGUAGGAGAAAAAACAAUUACAAAAUUGCAGUUCAUCAUCGACUAUUUCUUGCCAAACAUAACGCGUUUUGGUGGAAAUUUUGAAAUAGAGAAAAAAAGGGAUUCUGUUACGCGAUUUAUCUUGAAUAUGGUGUCAUUGUCAUCAGAGGUCCGAGACAACGUCUGCAGAACUGCUUGUAUUCCAACAGAACCACAUACAUCACUUAAAUUGCCAUCAGACCUUGUAUACAAACAGUCCAAGAUUGCUGUGUUGUUUGACGUAGAUGAUGAGAGAUUUCCAUCUGAGCCUUUUCAUGAAAUAUUGUUAGAACUCGGAAUGAUGAGCAAUAUAAUGCCAGAUGAAAUAUUGAUAGAAAGAGUGAGAUCUGUUUGUUUAAAGAAGUGCUCUCAGUGUGCAUAUGAAAGAUGUUUUCAUUUAAUGGAAUACCUGGAAGAUAAUACAGUAAGUGAGACAUGUAUAGAACAAAUGCAGACAAUACCUUUCCUGCCUGUAAUGCGCGUACCAGAUGACUGGACUUUUUUAUGGCAUGGCUGUACUUUGAACGCUGUAGGACAUGCAUGUGAAAGGCAUACAGAUAACAAACAAUCUUUUGCAUUUUUAAAACCAACAGAAAUGUUCAUAAGUGACAAUGCUAAUCUUGUCGGAUGCCAUUCUUUCGUUAUCGAGCAGAACAUAUUAAAGCGUGUUAGUGAUGAACUUCAAACUAAGCUCGGGUUGAAGAAGUUAAAACCCAAUGACAUAAACCUUGUAGUUGACCAAUUCAAGCUCAUGUCGAGAUCGAAUGUCUUUGAUGUCACGGAGUUAGGAGUUAAACCGCUUUUAAAUGUGUACAGUUUUUUAGAGAAUUACUUCAAAGAAAACGCCGAUCAUUCCGCGUCUAUUACAAUGACACUUAAAACAAUGCCAAUCGUGUUGAUCGAAAAUAAAUUUGUGUCGAUAAAAGAUGUUGCUAAGUGCCAUUCUGUGGACUGCAAGCCUUACCUGUAUGGGUUAAACGAUUCUCCUAUCAGCAGAUAUGGCAAUUUGUGCGAUGUGUUGAAAAUCAAAGACGACUUUAGCGCCAAUGAUAUUCUAAACGUACUUGGUGUUCUUCAGGAAAAACACAAUGGGGUUGCUUUAAAAGAGCAAGACCUUGGACUCGUCAGGCGUUUAUUGGAAUGCCUUCAUUCUGUGCUUAAAGACACCAAUCGGGAUUGGAAAUAUUUCGACGAAAAAGAUGAACACAUUUUUAUGCCAGAUAUUGAUAAAAUUCUGAGGUCAAGUAAAGAGUUGUGCUUUGACGAGUUUAAUUCGACAGAUAUCAGUGAUGAGGAUUUCUUCUACGUUCAUACGGACAUUCCAGAAACACACGCAAAAUUAUUUGGCGUUAGAUCCAUUAAGCAACAGCUCUUGUCCGAAACAGACGCAUUUGAAGACUGGGGACAGGAGGAACCACUCACUAGACGCCUCAAAGUCUUAUUGGAAGAGGGGUAUGUCGAUGGAUUUUCUGUUGCAAAAGAGCUGCUCCAAAAUGCUGACGAUGCAGGGGCAUCGAAAUUGUACUUUUUAUAUGACGAAAGGACAAACGAAUCAAAAUGUUCAUCAUUGCUGUGUGAAGAGAUGAAACAUGCUCAUGGGCCUGCAUUAUGGGUCUAUAACGACGCAGAAUUUUCUGAUGAAGAUUUUGUGAACAUUACAAAACUGAACGGCGGUACAAAAAAACUGGAUACAAGAAAAAUUGGAAAAUUUGGGCUAGGGUUUUGCUCUGUUUACAAUAUCACGGAUUUGCCUAGUUUUGUGUCUCGACACAGCUAUGUAGUUUUUGAUCCCCACAUGCGAUAUAUCCAUUCAAUCAUAACAGGCAACAGUCCAGGACUUAGAAUAGACUUUUCAAAACCAAAGAAUGCACGUGUGAUGUCUCGAAUGAGAAACCAGUUUGAAAUAUUUGACGACAUAUUUGGGUGCAACAUAACAAAGCAAAAACAACCGUUUUUUAAUGGUACUUUGUUUCGACUACCUCUACGGACACAUUCGAGUGAUAUAUCUGAGCAAGUAUAUGGAAGAAACGAAGUGAUAUCCCUCUUUCAGAAGAUACAAGAAAUGGCACCAUUGAUGUUCAUUUUCAAUCAAAACGUUAAAGAAUUCAAGUUGUAUCAUAUGACAAAAGAUGACGGCGUUGAUUACCGAGAGGUGUUCUCGUUACAAAAACAGUCCUUUAUUUUAUCGGCAAAUCCAAGCAUUAACACAAAUGUUGUUGAAGAGGCUUCAAGAAUGAAAGAAGAGCUUGAACUUGAAACAUCAUCACUUAGGGUAUUAGAAAAUGUUCGCAUUGAUGCAACGACUCUCGAAGAUGAUCAAAUUAAGUUCUCCUCAAGUGUAAAAUGCUUCAAUUGGAUUGUUUCCUGGGCGACGGGAAAUAGCAGGGCGACCUUAGAAAUCACAGGUAAAGAAAGAGGAUCCCUUCCAGUUGGUGCGACAGCAAUUCCUAUUGAACACAGUUUGAAAACUCAAUAUCUGACUUUAGCAGAAAUGAUGAAUACACAGGAAUUUAAAUCUUUGGAUAUCGGGCAGUACUUCUUUUUCCUUCCACUUCCAAUCGAGAGCCCAUACAAAUUCCACAUAAACGCACAGUUUAGUGUAACAUCAGACCGGCGACAUUUUAGAACUUCAACUCAAGAUGAUAUUGGAAUAUCCACAUAUGAAUCCGGAAAUUGGAACAAGUGUCUUAUGUCAGAUGUUGUAGUAAAAUCUGUACUACUUCUUCUUGGAGGAUUAGGUAAGGCGGCGUAUUACCUUUGGCCAACGGACACGAAAGGCGACCUUGAAUCCGUGUUUAACGAUUCAUUUUACCGGCAUUUAAUUGUGGAAGGGGAGGAUUUCAAAGUGUUUGAAAGCAAUGGAAGGCUUCUAGCUUUUUCAGAAGUUAUCUUCUUAGAUCCCGAAAUACGUAACAACAGUUUGGUUGGACAAAUAAUGUUUGAGUUUAUUUCAGGGAUAUGCACAGAAACAAGUUUGGUGGAUAUUCCUCAUAGCAUUUAUAAUGUUUUGGUUACAACAAAUGAGGAUGUUGUUAAAGAGAAAACAAUAUCAUACAAACAAUUUGUUAAAGAAUUUUUCUUACCAAACAUUCACGAGUUUGAAGACAGUGACACGAGAGAUAUUAUCAUGUGUUACGUUCUUGAAAAUGAUUUAGAUGAUGAACUAGAACAAUGCAUCAAAACUACUGCUUGCAUUCCUGUUAAACCAAACGGAGAGCUGAAACUCAUAUCGGACAUAGUUCAGCCCUCUGCAGGGGCAUGCAUAUUUGAAUUAUUCGUAGAAGAGGAUGAACGAUUUCCAACAAAACCGUACACAGAAGAAACAAUUCUACUGAAGUUAAAGCGACUUGGUUUGCUACAUGAUCGUCUUCCACCAAAUUUGAUUAUUGACCGAGCACUAUCAGUUACUAAGAAAAGAGAGGUUUGCGCUGUAUGUGCCGGAAAUCGGUCAAAAAUGCUUCUAAAUUAUAUUGAUAAAACUAUGCGAGGAGCCAAUCAAGAUGAUCAAAAAGAUGUCGAAUCGGUUUCAAAGGAAUUAAAAGCGAUUCCGUUUAUUUCUGCUCUGCCUAGACCCUCCUACUGGUCGUUUCGAUGGUCAACAGACAAUUGUGGAGGAAGUAGGAUUUGCUCUGAACAUUCUGAUAAAAAUACAACGGUAGUAAAACAUUUGUUUUGCAAACCGACAGAAAUAUACAAUUAUCAUUCAAAACAUCUUGUCGGCUGUCAUUCGAAGGUAAUGGAAGUCAAGUGUUCAAAGGCUUUACAUGACGGCUUAGGGGUUUUAAGCCUUGAUGAAUUAAUGAAUGAUUCAGAUGUGAUACUUUUACUUAAAGCCCAACUUGAGGCAAUGCAGGUAUCUUUCCAUUGUACGAAUUUACAAGAUAGAACAGUGGGGUGUGUUUCUGAUGUGUAUAAAUGUUUAAAUUCACGUUUUCAUAUUCUACAAGAAGAUCAGAUACCAGAAAUAUUGGAAAUGCGUACGAUGCCCAUUAUUUUUGUGACUGAUCGCUUCAUUACAUCAAUGCAGAUUGCUAGAAGAGUUUUAGCAGAUUGUCGACCAUAUUUGUACAGUCUUAAAGACAGCCCAGUUAGAAACUUUCCUGUUUUGAUUUCUUUUUUGCAAAUUAAAGACAAUUUUACUCCUUUCGAUCUCAUUAAAACAUUGAGGACAUUUUAUGAUGAUAAAAAAUCUAAACAACUUGCAGACGAGGAAUUGGCUCAGUGCAAAAACCUUUUUGAAGUUCUUACCCACGAAAUGAAUCUGAUGAAUAUUACAGCAAAAAUAUUUGUCGACAAUGAAUAUGAAGUUUUUAUUCCGGAUGAAGACAAAGUUCUUUUUCGAAGUACCGAGCUUUGUUUCAAUGAUUUUGAUGCAGCUCCGAAAAGUGAUACUAUGAGAUUUGUCCAUGAUGGCAUUCCGAAAAACGUGUGUAAAUCAGUAGGUGUGAAAAAGAAAAAAGUGCAGAUAUUCGAAGAAUAUACCAAUGACUUUGAAGAUUUUUACCAAGAGGAGCCUUUAGUUACGAGAAUAAAGAGUUUAAUAGAUACCUACCCUUUAGACAGUGGUAUAUUUAAAGAACUACUUCAAAAUGCAGAUGAUGCUGGAGCGACCGAGAUACAUUUCAUUUUGGAUGGUGACAUACAUCCGUGUAAAAAUAUAUUUUCAAAGAAAAUGGAACCUCUUCAGAACCAAUCCCUUUGUGUGUACAACAACAGUCAAUUUAGCGAAAAAGAUUUGAUUGGUAUUAGAAAACUAGGACAAGGCAGUAAAGACGACGACCCAUCCCAGACUGGUAGAUAUGGUGUAGGCUUCAAUGCUGUAUACAACUUGACCGAUACUCCCUCUUUCUUGACGAAAGGAAGUCUGGUUCCUGAUGGGGAAGCACUUUGCUUUCUCGAUCCUCUUGCUCAAGUUAUUCCCGGAGUUACUCGAGAAAAACCUGGAAAACAGGUAAAGAAUGUGCAGUUUUUUCGGGAUCAUUAUUCGAAUACUUUAGAUGGUUAUCACGAAGCCCAUUUUAAAGAAAACGAAGGUACAAUGUUCCGAUUUCCUUUGCGAACAAAACCAUCUGAUAUAAGUGAACAACAAUGUAGUUUCAAAACAAUUAAAGCUCUGCUCGAAGAAUUUAAGAUAAGCUUAAAAACUGCUCUACUUUUUUUGAAAAAUAUCCAAUCAUUAACGGUGGGCGAAUUCAAAGGGAAUAGAUAUACCGAAUCAUACAAAGUCUGCAUAGAAAUGAAUGCUACUUGCAGGGAAACUAGACGCUCAUUUACAGAAAACUACCAUAAACUUUGUCGUUCUUAUAAAGAGGACAGAAAUGCCGUUUUAGAAGCAACACCCUAUUUUGCUUUGUACAAGGUAGAUAUCGUUCUAAGACAUGGAUCAUCUGAAAAAGAAAGCUACACUGUUUCACAAGCAUUGGGAUUUAAAUCUAGGCCAUCUGCUGAAUUAUCCAAACGCAUUUCUGAGCGAAAUAUUGGAAUGAUGCCAGUUGCCGGUGUAGCAUGCAGAGUAAGAGACAAGAAUACCCGUAUUGCACAAGAAACCGGGCCAAUGUACAAUGUGCACUGCUUUCUACCCUUGCCAAUAGAUUCAGGUUUGCCAGUAUACGUUCAUGGUUACUUUGCACUGGAUCACGAGAAUAGGCGGUCUCUGUGGCAAGAAAAGGAAGACAAUGCAUGUUUUAAAACAAUGUGGAAUACCUAUCUUAUACAAAAGGUACUGUGUCCAGCAUAUGUUAAACUUUUCGAUGCUGUUCAAGAUGAAGAAACAAGGGGCAUAACAGACUUUCAAGAGCAAAACAAGGUAAAGGAAGUGGUCAAUUAUGUAAUUGGUCUACUUCCUCGUGUAAAGGAUGUUGAAGGGGACUACUGGAAAAUGCUUACAAAAGCUGUAUUUCAAGAAUUGGCGAAUGAAUAUCAUCAUUUUUUGCCGUAUUUCUUGAACAAGAUUGUUGAAACUUCGUACAUUUUCCGCACUUCGAAAACAAUCCAUAGUUCCUUGUUUUGGCUUUGUCUGAAGGGUAAAGAUGAUAAAUUUCCUGCAUAUAACAGUGAAGAACCAAACAGCUGUAAAGAUUUUUCUAAAUCACAGAAGAACGCUGUAUGGAGAGACAUUGGAAUGAAAAUAGUAUGUGUAGAUAAAACAGUACAAGAAACGAUGUUGGAAGCAGAAGUACCCAUUGAUAAUGUAACACCUGAGAUUGUCGUGAACUUUCUGGGCUCGUAUGAUUUGAAUUUUAGAGACGGAUGUACGAUAAAAACUGGCGUUGAAAUCGCACGCACUUCGUUAAAUACAGUUGAAAACUUAAAUUUGCUUAUCAAAUAUAUAGUCAUUAAACCCAAACAUGUAUCAAGGAAUCUUAGCAGUCUUCCGAUAAUGCUUUGUGAAGAUGGCAUUUUGCGUUGCUUAAAAGAAGGAAGUAUUUUCAUUACAAGUUUUUCAGAUUUUUUUUAUGAGCACAGAUGUUUAUUCAUUCACAAUGCAGUAUACAAAGAACACAAAGAGAAGUUUAGAGAAAUGAUGCAGUACGAUUCAUCAACAUUAAAAGAAUUCACUGCCAACGAUUUUAGCGUACUUGCCAAACAGUCGAGCCUUCUCACUCCUGAAAUUACAAGAUACAUACCAUGGGAUGAAGACAAGAUAUCCUCUAAAUGGUUGAAAAAAUUCUGGUUGUUUUUCGAGGAUUGUGUGACGAAGCAAAUGCAUAUGAAUGAGGAAACAAACAAAGAUGAAUGCAUCGCUGAGGAAACGAACAAAGAGGAAUGCGUUGUAAUUAUCUUGAAAGACAUAAAUGAGUUUGCGCUCGUGCCUAUUAUACAAAGCGAUGGUAAAAAGCUAUGUGCACCAAAACUGCUUUAUUCUUUGAUUGAUAUUGGAUCGUUUUCACCGGCAGUUGCUACGGUGUUUAGCAAACUUGACAUUCCUUCGAUGAGCAGAGGUGAUGUUGGUUCGAUAUAUGGACAUGUUUGCGCGAGGGACUGUCUAAUACCAGCUAUGGCAAGGAGUAGUUGUGCAAACAGUGUUGCUCGAUGCCUUAACUUUCAUAAGGAUAAACUGGAAGCUACUAGCCCAUCUGUAGAUGACGCUAAACUAAUUCUAAGAUAUUUUAAUGACCAUCUCCCAAUCAGUAACGACAGCAAAGAAAGACUGAAAUCAUUACGGCUAUUUGCAACAUACACAGGUGAUGUGGUUACUUUGAAAGAUGCUGAACGUACUUGUUUGAUUCCAAAUGCAAUGCCAAAAUGUGGAAUAAAAGAAAUCCUCAAAGGAAGCAAAGUCCUUCUCAUCGAAAAGGAUGAUACUCUUGAAGCCUUAAUGAAAGAACUUGACGUAAAGGAAAGAAGUAUAUUAGAUGUUUAUAUCGAUCAUAUUUUGCCAAAUCAAAGCCAGAUGGCUAGAGUGGAUUUCUAUGAACACAUUCAAUUUUUAGGGCGCUAUAUAAAAGAACAUGAAGAGGCAGAAAAACAAAGAAUUGCAACGAUUAUUCAAAUAUUACGAACGUCACCGUUUGUAGGAACAGCAGAUGGCCUUAAACGAGUACAGGACAUGUUUGACGAUGAACAUCCGAUAUUUGCAAUGUUUUGCAAAGUUACUGAAUUUUUGCCUAUUCCACUUCGAAACUAUACUUUACGAAAACUAAUGCAGCAACUUCAUUUGAAGAUGGAAAUCAAGCUAGAACAUUUUAUACGAUUUGCAUCAGAAAUAGAAAUAAAAUCAAAGUCAUGUGGAGUUGAUAAAGAGGUGCGUGAGAAAUCUAGUUUACUUCUGUCACAUCUGUGCAAUAUGCAAGAUGAUUUUUUCAGAAGCAAUUGUAUUGGCGAAUUGCUUGACAUUCCUUUUGUUGAACCCUACAUGGUUGAUAGAAAGUAUAUUACCCUAGCUGAUAGCGCUUCAAGGGGAAAACUAACACCGAUACGUGGAAUGGUUCGAAACGAAAACUGGAUGAUAUGCUGGACUUCGUCAUUGAUAUUUCCUUUCGGAUUAUCGAAGAAAGCUUCAUCUUUUCUCCAAAUUCGGGAUAUACCUUUGUCCGAGCAGUGGAUUGCUCAUUGCAAAGCUAUUGGAAGAAAUAUACUAAAAGUUUUACAAAAUCCUUACAAAAUUCAUCAAGAGGAUAUCAAAUUUGUGAUGGAGUGGAUUUACAAAUCCGUUAGCUUUUAUGAACAAAGCAUUGACCUCAAGACUGUUUUUCUUGACACUCCAUUGAUAUUCCUUCCUGAUAAAUUGUUCAUCGUUCCGGCAAGAAACAUUGUGCUGCAAUGUCAAGGUAGUGAUGAAAUUCCACCGUAUGUUAUGAAUGCGCCAAUCUACUACGGAAAAUAUUUUGACGCCUUUUUAAAAUUAGGUGCAUAUCAAUCCACUGCUGUAGUUUGCUAUUCCACUGUACUGUCACAGCUUUCACAUGGAGAACCGCUAGAAUUACCUAAGGAUUUGUCAGAUGCAAAAUGUGCCAUGAUGAAAAUCAUCGAUUUGCUAUGUUCUGAACCUUCUGAAAGUAUUCAGUUACAUGAGUUGUUUCUCCUUUGUGAAGAUUCAGUAAUCAGAGCAUCGACUUGUACCAUUGUUUCGGACACUUUAUAUUACAGAUAUAGAUUAGAAAAAAGCCAUAUAUCGAUUCCUUUUGUUUGGAUAUCGAGUCAACAUUCUGAAUUUAAAUUAAAAGGCUGGUUUGAAAAACUUCCACGCAAAAUUAGGCCGCACUUUUUAUCUGAAGUUGUUAAAGAGGAUAUUGAUACUUCAGGAAAGGUUUUUGUUUCUAAUGAAAUUGUGAACGCAAUGGAGAAACACAUGCAUUCCUCUUUGUUUAAGGAAUAUGUAUUAAGACUGGCAAGACAUGAAUAUAUUAGGAAAAACAGUGUCGAGUGGGAUCGCGAAAUGGAAGAUAGAAUAAUUAACAGAAUAAAAGCAUUAGAGAUAAAAUGCACUCAGGGAAUUUAUACCGUUUUACAAAUGUACUCGGUGGAAUCUGGACAAAAACAAAACCUACAAACAGUGUCAGGAACAGAAUUGCUGAAAUCAAUUCAUACACACUAUACAGAUAAAAAAACGGAAUUAUUUGUACAAGUCUCUGCUGGAACGUUAUGGAUUGGAAGAUUACGAGAAUUUUUGCUUAAAUUCAUCAGAAAAAUAUCAGAAGGUGUGUUUGACGAUACGGAAAGGGACCUUAUAAUGUGCAUACUGGAUCAUUCUGCUAGACGAGAGGAAUUUGAAGAAAUUUUCGAACAUUCAGCUAUUUUACCAUAUGAUGUAGAUUUUGAGCCUGAUCCUAUAUCUCCUAUUCCAGGUACAUUUGUUCCAAAACAUUUGCACAAAUACUUGGACAACAGUUACGGGGUAAUUCAUGACUUCGAAUACAAAUUUAUUGCCUACUUAGUUGAAGAUCCGGCUCUUUGUGACGAUGACAUAGAGGAUUGUUCACCAACUUAUAUUUUUGUGAAAGUGGUCAAAAGGGUAGAGGAGACUUCACAGGAGCAUGAACUAGUGCAAGAGUACGAAAUAGACAGCGGGGAAGAGGAAACAUUCAUAGUAAAAGCGUAUAUGUUGUACAAAUUUGUUCGAAAAGAAACAAUUAAACUCUCCGAUGAAACAACCGUUGUUAUAUACGAUAGAGAAUCAAACGAUGCUUCGUUUAUGCAAGAACGAUCAUUAAAGGAUAUUUGCGUUGAAAUAAGACAAAUACUGAUUGACGCAUGGCGUAGAAACGAUAUCGAACGCCGACAUAUUAUAAAACGCUUAAUGCUGAAAUGGCAUCCGGACAAAAAUCCAGAUAAAGAACAAUUAGCGACAAAAGUUUUUCAGUACAUCCAACACUGUCUUCGAAUACUCGAAAGUGGUGAACCAAUUCCUGAAUAUAAAAGUGAAGACGAAGAUUUUGUGGAUGGAGGUCGAUCCUCUAGCUCUACUGGCGGGUCAUCUUUCUGGCACGAUCGAUACUGGGGAAGAUACAGAAAAAGUUACAAUGACGACGAUUGGUUUCCACGAGGAAGAAGAGGAGGAGGUGGCGGAGGAGGAGGAGGUGGUGGUGGUGGAGGCAGGCGAUACGAGGACGACCCAUUUGCGGAUUUUUUUAACGAAACGGAUAAAGAACCGUAUCACUUUUACAGCGAGGCCAAGCGCUGGCAGGACCAGGCUGAUUCGGAUCUUCUAGAAGCAGAGAGAAGUCUACGAGACUCGGAAGCUGCUAACAAUUGGAUUUGCUAUAAAGCACACCAGGCAGCAGAAAAAUCACUCAAGGCAGCCUGGUACGCCAAAGACGCGAACAAAAUUGGCAAUAUCAAAAACAGUCAUGAUCUGGCUUGCAUCGCCUCCGGUCUUGAUAAUACAUUGCUGUCGCUCGCCGGACAAAUUGUCUUCAUUUCUGGCUACCAUACGCGCAUGCGCUACCCAGAUACCAUGCAUGGUACGAUUCCUGCGCAUGCGUACUCGAGACCAAAUGCAGACAUGUUGACUUCCCUCGCAAGGUCUAUCAUUGCGCAUGUGCGAAGUAACUAUCUGAGGUAAUACCAUUGAGUUAAUGGUGAGCACAUGUGAUGCAUGAACUUAAUGGUCUGCUUCAUGAAAAUAAAUGUGGUGUUAAAUUGUCGAACAUUUCUUUGAAAUUUCUUGAUAUUAUUUUAAAAACUGUUUUCCUCAUCUGAGUGUAUGUAAUCCACAUUACUAUCCUGGUGCACAUGCUUUUAACUGUAGAAAUACGGGAGCCGAAUGUUGAACAUGAGUUAUAUAAUGAAUGUUUGAAAAAAAAUGCAUGAUGAACAGUUUUCUAUGUCUGAUUAUUUUGUUGUUGAUGUAAACAUGUUUAAUAUUGAUUUGUUGUAAAUAGUUACCUUGAUAACAUGUUUUCAUUAAAGUUUUAAGCUAGAUGACAAAAGACAAAAGUUUUGCAUUUGUGUAUAAUGUGUGUAUAUAAUUUAAUUUUAAUCACUUUGAAUAUUAAAAUACAAUAACAUUUAUUACUUAAGCGAUGUAAGUGAACCAUGAAACUAGAAGUCAUUAUCGUAUUAAUUAUCUUGUGUCAUGACAUUUGAUUUCAUUGGAGCUUCAGUAGUUCUUUUGUAAAUAAUGCAGGUAAUGAUAAUCCCUAUUUUAAAACAACUGUGUUUUUUUUCUUCUCUUUUUCUUUUUUAUUCAUGUGAUUGACAAUUUAUGGACAUUUUCAAAUGAAUCUGACAUGUGUAUGUUGUACAUAAUUGUCUAUUAGUUGAAUGAGAUAUAAUGCAUUUGUAAAAUCAUUUGUCGCUCAUAUAAUAAACUUUUAUUUGAGUGAUAAGUUAUGCACAUUGGUACAAUUAUUUUUCUGAUAUAAAAUACCAAGUUUUUGAAUGGACUUCUGUGGUGUAUAAUAACACCUAUUAUUUCACUUACACUUUAUGCACAUUUUAUGUGUUGAAUGAUUUGUCGUGUAUAUAUUUACCACCUUAUUUCAAUUGACAAAUUAUGCACUCUUUUAUCUAGUCACUCUUUAGCGUGUAUAUUAAUUAUUAUUACCACAUGCUGGUUGAUUGACAAGUUCCUGCCUUUUUAUCUCUAAAGUUACAUUUGUUGCAUAUAAUUGCAUAUAUUUUUAAUGGUGUGUAAAAUUUUAAUCUUCAAUACAAACUAAUCUAAUUAUUUCAUUAAUACCUCUGUAGUGUCAGUAUGAGAAGUAAACGAUUAUUUUUGUUUGAUUUUAUAUUGAUUUAUUUUCAGAGGUCUUUGAUUGGGAUGUUAUUCAUAUUAACUUUAUUUUGUCGAUUUUAGGUCCUUGAUAGUCCAAGGUACUGAUGAGAAACCUUAAAUGGCAAUAUUGUUGUUUUGUUUUAUCUUAUUAUGAUUGUAUGUAAUUAUGACCAUUAACGAUACCAUUGUCUGAAUAUUUGUUGAUUGAUAUAUGUUGAUUGUUUUGAUAGCGAGUUAUUGACCGUUUUUCAGAUGGAAUAUAUCUUCAGUUAGGAUUUAAUGUGUUAAUAGUUUAAUACUAAAAUGAAAGAUGUCAAAACGCUAUCAUUAUAAACUGACAGAAAGCAGCAUGUAGUAUAAAUAUUUGUCCAGUAAACUGUAAACAGAUCAUACACUCUACAUCACGUAAUUAGUGGAUAUACUUAAUUCACUUUAGUUUAUUGUGCAUAUUUAAUAUUAAAAUAAUCUGCUCUGUUUUCGUGUUACGCAGAACCGCACGUGUAUUUUUGUACUCUGUGCCAGGUAACAGUACGUGUUGUAUAAAUGUUCUGUAAACUGUAAACAGAUAAUAAAAUUUUCUAUAAUAAUCAUUAAUUUUAUUCUUCUGUUCUUCAGAUUUUUAUUAUAAACGCUUAAUCGUUUAAUUGUUAUGUAAAACAGUUUGUUUUCGUGUUAGGCUGGACCGCAAGCUAUUUUUCUGUAUUGACUGACAGAAAGUAACUUGUAGUAUUAUUACUUGUCCAGUAAACUGUAAACAGAUCAUAUAAUUUACAUCACGUAAAUAGUGUAUAUACUUAAUUCGCUUUUGUUACUUCUGAAUAUGUAAUUUUAAAAUAGAUUAUUCCGUUUUCGUGUUACGCAGGACCACACGUGUUUCUGUACUCUGUGGCAAAUAAUGGUACGUGUUGUAUAAAUGUUCUAUAAACUUUAAUCAGAUAAAAUAAUUACAUUUUAUUAUUAUUUUCAUAAUUCUGUAAUUCAGCUUUUGUUAUAAACUCUUAAUUGUUUAAUUGUUAUGUAAAACAGUCUGUUAGGCUGGACCGCAUGGGGUUUUUCUGUAUAAAUGUUCAGAAAACAGCAUGUAGUACUAAUAUUUGUCCAGUAAACUGUUAACUGAUCAUACAAUUAAUGUCACGUAAAUAGUGGAUUUACUUAAACGACUUUUGUAAAUUGUGUUUAUGUAAUAUUAAAGUAAUCUGCUCUGUUUUCGUGUUACGCAGAACCGCACGUGUUUAUCAGUACGCUGUGGCAUAAAACAGUACGUGUUUUUAUAAAUGUUCUGUAAACUGUAAACAGAUAAUAUUACUGUUAUUCAUAUUUGAUAUAAACUCUUUAUCGUUUAAUUAUUAUGUAAAACAGUCUGUUUUCGUGUUAGGCUGGACCGCAUGGUGUUUUUCUGUAUAAACGGUUAGAAACAGCAUGUAGUAUUAAUAUUUGUCCAGUAAACUGUAAACAGAUGAAUUAUUUACAUCACGUAAAUAAUGUAUAUAGUUUACACACUUUUGUUAAUUUUGUAUAUUGUAUGUUAUUAUAAUGUUGCUCUGUUUUCGUGUUAUGCAGAACCGCACGUGUGUAUCUGUACUUUGUGACCGAUGACUGUACAUGUUGUAUAAAUGUUCUGUAAACUAUAAACAGAUAGUUUAAUUAUUUAUAAUAAUUAUUUUUAAAGUACUGUAAUUCAGUUUUUGUUUUACAUGCCAAAUCGUUUAAUUGUUAUGUUAAGCUGUCUGUUUUCGUGUUAGGCUGGACCGCAUGGUGUUUUUCUGUAUAAACGGACAGAAAACAGCAUGUAGUAUUAAUAUUUGUCCAGUAAACUGUAAACAGAUCAUACAAUUAACCUCACGUUAAUAUUGGAAAUACUUAAUUCGGUUUUGUUAAUUCUGGAUAUUUGAUAUUUAAAUAGUUUGCUCUGUUUUCGUGUUACGCAGGACCGCACGUGUAUUUCUGUACUUUGUGACGGAUACGGUACGUGUUGUAUAAAUGUUCUGUAAACUGUAAACAGAUAAUAUAAUUAUUUAUAAUAAUCAUUUUUAUAAUACUGUAAUUUAGUUUUUGUUUUACAUGCCAAAUCGUUUAAUUGUUACCUAAAGCUGUAUGUUUUCGUGUUAGGCUGGACCGCAUGGUGUUUUUCUGUAUAGACGGACAGAAAACAGUAUGUAGUAUUAAUAUUUGUCCAGUAAACUGUAAACAGAUGGAUCAUUUACAUCACGUAAAUAAUGUAUGUACGUAAUACACUUUUGUUAAUUGUGCGUAUUUAAUAUUAAAAUAAUCUGCUCUGUUUUCGUGUUACGCAGGACCGCACGUGUAUUUCUGUUCUUUGUGACAGAAAACAGCACGUGUUGUAUAAAUGUUCUGUAAACUGUAAACACAUACUAUAAUAACCUUUUAUUAUUACUUUCAUAAAACUGUAAAACAGUCUGUUUUCGUGUUAGGCUGGACCGCAUGGUGUUUUUCUGUAUAAACUUACAGAAAACAGUAUGUAGUAUUACUAUUUGUCCAGUAAACUGUUAACAGAUCAUAUAAUUUACAUGACGUUUAAAGUGGACAUACUUAAUUUACUUGAUUAUUGUGUAUAUAUAUAUAUAUAUGUUUAAUCAAAAUAAUUCACUCUGUUUUCGUUUUACGCGGGACCACGCAUGUAAUUCUGUACUUUGUGACAGAUAACGGUGUGUGUAAUAUAAAUGUUCUGUAAUCUGUAAACAGAUAAUAUUAUUACCUUUUAUAAUAUAGUCAAUCAGUUUAUGUUUCAAAUGCUUAGUAAUUUCAUUGUUAUAUAAAACAUUCCGUUUUCGUGUUAGACUAGACCGCCUUUCUGUUUUAUCAGUAUAAACUGAAAGAAAAAGGCAUGUAGCAUUAAUAGUUGUCCAGUAAACUGUUAGCAGAUCAUUUAAAAAAGAGGACAUAUUUGUUUUACUUUUGAUCAGUUCAUUUUAAAUUAGUUAGCUCUUCGUUUUUUGUUACACUGGUCCGCACGUGUAUAUUCAUACUGUGUUGCUGAUAACGAUAUGUGUUAUAUAAAUGUUCUGUAAACUGUAAAUAUUUUAUUUAAAUACCAUGCCCUUGUUACUUGUUUUUAUAUAAAAUUACCAAGUAUACUGUGAAUAAGUUAAUCUUACAAUCGCUUUAUCGUUUUAUUAUCAUUUAAAAGAUAUGUUUUUGUGUAAGGCUUGACUGGUCGAAUGUUUGUGUCACAUUAAUUUACUGACAACAGUUUGUAAUACUGUAUAAAUAUUUGUCCAAUUAACUGUAAACAGUUAAUUUACCUAACAACACUUAAAUAGUGGACUUAUUUUACUUGUGUUUGUUUUCUGACAUGGUCAGCUUUUCUUUUAACUUGUGUCAUUACUUCGGACUAUUUUUUAUUUUGUUUUAUUUCACUUGACACUAUUGUAUACUGUUUGCUUUUUGUGUAGAUUAAUUAAUUAGCCUGUUUUACUCUAUAUUUUCAAAUGUAUUUGUUGCUGAUCUAUAAACACAUGAAAACGCCGAGUGCGAAUGUACGACGUUGUGUAUUUGCACGUUGUUAUCGAUAAUUGCGUAUGUAUGCAGUGUGUGUUUGCUUUGUGUUUAAUUGUUAUUUUCUAAAAAGACACAAUUAUAUGAAUCAAAUAAAAUAUCCCCAUGA